UCGUUCGUCGUCCUGCGUUCGUACAUACUAUACACCUCUUCUACUCUACACCUAAACCUAGUAGAGAAUAGUCGUUGUCGACAUCGUCGUCGUAUAGUCAUCGUUGUCGUCGUAGUCGUCGUUCUCGUGGUCGUGGUCGUCAUUAUCACCAUUUAAGCUGCCACUGCCAGUGCCAGCCAGCCAGCAAGCCAUCCCCAUGUUUGUGUGUUCCAUGUUCCUAUUCCUAUGCCAUUUCGCCAGCAGUAAACUCUUGUAUCAGAAUCUGAGUGUACCAUAAAAAUCUUUUAGUGAGAGUUUGCGAUCCCGCGGGUACGGUCGAAACUUUCGGAUUUACAAAAAAACUAAAAAAAAAAUAAUAUUUUUUCUGUCAUCUUUUAAUUCGGGAAUAAAAAUUUUUAAUACUUUUAAAAAAAUUAAGACGGUUUUCAAAAAAAAUAAAAAAAAAAUUAAAAAAAGUGAAAAAAAAAAACAUUUCAAAAUUAAAUAAAAAAAAAAAAAAAUAGGAUAACCUUCUUAAACUUUACCCCCUUUUUUUUCUUGGGGUGAAAGGAUGAAAUCAUUGCAUCAAAUUUGACACAAAUGCAACAAAAAUUGUAAUAGUUUAUAAUGCCGCGGUACUCUUUCGGGAGGCAGUACGAACAAAAAAAAAACAACAAAUUUCAAAACCUACAACUUGUAUGCAAUAAAAGAUUUGUAUAAUAUGUAAAUGGGAUUGCGGUUUGACGAAAAUGUUGUUGAACUACUAGACCGGAUGUAAUAUAUAUUGAAAUAUAUUCGUGCCACACAGUUUGUACACAUCUGCUACAAAUUUAAGCUCAUACAAACUACUACAAACGAAUACAAUAAUAACAAUCAUCAACUUGCUGAAAAGUAAAUUUGCUUGCGGUUAUAUUUGCUUUUGUGCCUACAUAAGUUAUUGGCUUUUUUGAGGGGGAUGCAAGACUAUACUAUACAACUGUUUUGUGUAUUUAAUAGUCGUCCAUUUUACCUACCUUACCCCUAACCUCAAAAAAAAAAAAAAACAUAUAUAAAUUAGUAUGAAAAUUGAAAACCUUCAAGAAUACCUCAAGAAACUUUUGGUAUCGUUUUUUUGCUUUGUUGUUGUUGUUGUGAAUGAAUAAAUCAGUGGUGUUGGAAGGGAGUAAAAGAAGAAGAAGAAAUAAAACGGAAACAAAUCGCAAUGUCAGAAACACAAAUUCAGGAUGAUUUGUAAAAUGUAACCUCUCAAAUAAACAAUCUCUAUUGCUUUUCGGUUUUUCGGUUGGUUUUUGUUUGUGGUCCUUGCCUCUUCUUCGUCGUCUGUUGGUCGUAUUUCUUUUGUUUUUUUUCGUUCGUUCGCUACCUACUACUAUUAAUACCUUCUUCUACUAGUCUGCUAUAUUAUAUACAAUUUCGUCAAACUCACUUUUCGUCGUCGUCAACUUUAUCGUCGUCGUCUUCGUCGGUUAUUAGUUGGUCUUUUUCCGAAAAAAAAAAAAAAAAACAACAACCUCGAUUACCAAAUUCACUGAUAUUUCUUCCGCUGUUGCUUCUUUCGAACAAAAUCAAAAAGAAAAAAAAAAAAAAAUGUUAAGAAUUUCUCGGUUUUCUACCAAAUUCUAUCCCCUCUCUCUAACGGUUAUUCACUACUAAAAUUAUACUCACGCACAAUUAUGGUGGUAGUCAGGGUGGUUGUUAUGAUGAUGGCCUUUAUUGGGGGUGGAAAUAUCAUUAUCAACAUCUUCUAGAAGAGUAUAAAUGCGUGUGGUGUGCAACUGACGUCAAUUACCAUUGAUUGUAAUUGCUGGCCAAUUUGUUAGAAGUGAAGUGCUAUAUUACCGAAGAUUUUUUUUUUCCUUCCUUCCUUCUUCUUUUAUUCGUUUUAUUUUUUUUUUUGUUCUUUUGUCCAAUUUUUUGUUGUUAUUAUUGUGUGAAGAUGCAAUAUAGUAUAAAGAAAAAAAGUUAAAUAAAGAAAAAAAGUGUCAAAGUAAUUAAGAUAGCCGAAGAAGUGUUACAAAAAUAAUUGGAAUUUAUUGGAAAGAAAUUACUACAAAGAAAGAGAGAAAAAAUAAAGAGAGAGAGUGGGGGAAAGAGGGAGAAAAAACAAAGUGCAGAAAAAAAAAGAUUGAUUAACCAUGGAUAUACAAUUGAUUUUUAUUUUGUUUUUAAUUUUAUUUGUUGGAGAUUUGGAUUCGACAAGGAUUCGAGGCAGUCCAUCGGCCGCUUUGACAAGGAACAUUGAAGAAGAAAAUGGACCACUUGUCCUUUCCGAAGCCAUACAAGGUUCAGUGGGUCGGUUGCCGUGCAAUGUAACACCACCGGUGCCUGAAGAUAGAGUAGCUUUAGUAAUUUGGUACAAAGUGGGAUCAAAGACUCCAAUAUACAGUGUCGAUACAAGAGAUUCAAACUUUUCGCAAGGAAAACAUUGGUCAGAUGAUGCAUAUGGUGAACGUUUGUCGUUUGCAAUUUCUGGAAGAUCUGCAACUCUUAAAAUUAAGGGCACAAGGCAGGAGGACACUGGAGAGUAUCGUUGCAGAGUGGAUUUUCAAAAGAGCCCUACAAGGAAUUCUAAAGUCAACUUGACUGUAAUCACACCUCCCGAAAAUUUAGUUAUCCUAGACAGUAAAGGAAGUCACAUACCACAUUAUAUACUAGGACCUUACAACGAAGGAGCUUCGGUUAAUAUCACAUGUGUCGCAACAGGAGGACGACCACAACCAAAGGUUACCUGGUGGCAUGAAAAUACUCUACUUGAUGACACUUCACACCCAUUGUCAGAUCGGCGAGUUGCCAAUGUUCUGUCACUGGGAAAGCUAAAAAGGAAAAAUCUCAACAUGCAACUGACAUGCCAGACAUCGAACAAUAAUUUAACAACGCCAAUUAGUAGCACUGUCACUCUUGAUAUGAAUUUACGUCCACUUGUUGUGAAACUACAGGGAGAAAAUCGACCCCUUUCAGCCGAUAACAUAUAUCAGCUGAGUUGUGUUGUCGUCGGUUCACGCCCAGCCCCAACAAUAACCUGGUGGAAAGGAAGUACACCAAUGAAGAAUACCCAUGAAAUUUCGAAUCCGGAUGGAAAUAUGACAACGUCAAUAUUGACUUUCACACCGACAAUCGACGAUAGAGGAAAGUUUCUCUCUUGCCGUGCUGAACAAUCGAUGAUACCUGAAUCGGGAAUGGAAGAUGGAUGGAAAUUGGAUAUAUAUCAUAUCCCAGUAGUUACACUUGAACUUGGUACAAAUAGUAUGAACUCAUCAUUUCGAGAAGGUAUUGAUGUAUUUUUUGAAUGCAAUAUCAAAUCAAAUCCAUGGGUUUACAAAGUUAGUUGGAGACAUAAUGGUAACUCAUUAGAAAAUAAUUUAAGUGAAGGAAUAAUUGUUGCAAAUCAGAGUUUGGUCUUGCAAAAUGUUAGUCGUGCUAGAAGUGGUAUUUAUACGUGCGUUGGAAUCAAUCGUGAAGGUGAUGGUGAAAGCAAUCCUGUUCAAUUAGAUAUAAGAUUUGCUCCUGUUUGUCGACCAGGACAAAGAACAAUGUAUAGCUCAGGGCGACAUGAGACUGUUAAAGUAGCUUGUGAAGUCGAAGCAAAUCCAUCUGAAGUAUUAUUCAGUUGGAAAUUUAAUGCUACCGCUACCGAAAGUAUAGACAUUCCUGCGUCUUUGGUUGCAAUUGAACGUGGCAGGAGUGUUGCACAUUAUACACCAAUGACAGAAAAUGAUUACGGAACACUGUUAUGCUGGUCGAGCAACGAAAUCGGUGACCAAAGUGAACCAUGUGUUUACACGAUAUCUCCAGCAGGUGAACCAGAUCCACUUAUAAACUGUACAUUGCUAAAUCAAACAUCGACAGGAUUUCAAAUUGAAUGUUUGGAAGGAUUCGAUGGUGGUUUGCAACAGGAUUUCAUUAUGGAAGUUUAUGUUAAUGGAACCACACGUCAUCCAAGGAUAUAUAAAUCAAAGACACCAUUCUUUGAAGUGAGAGGCCUUGUCCCUGGAGCCGGAUACAAUGUAUUUUUGGUAGCACACAAUAGCAAAGGCCGUAGCAAUGCAACAAUUCUACAAGUUUAUACACUCAAAGAUCCUGAAAAGCAGACAGUUGUAAUUACAUUCAAAAAGAUACCCAAAGACAAUGCCGGUGAUGAAAACAAUGACAAAAAUCUAUCUCUAGCAUACGCACCCGUCAUCGAGGACAUCCGACCAUUUCUCGGCAUCUUGCUCGGCAUUGUGGGUAGCAUAUUCUUGGUAGCACUGAUAAUUGUCAUUAUUGUUCGAAUGCGAGGAUCAUCCGGACGUGAUAGAAACAAUUACUCACAUCAAGUUAGUCGGGCUGGCAAUCUGCACAAUGGUCCCUCAAUUCAGGAUAUUCGUAUUGGCCGGGAGACUUGCCAGACGAGUAGUGUCGAUAGUAUUGACAAGAAUCCGGACAUAAUACCACAAGAUGGUCGAGAUGACGAGGAUGAAUGGACAACAACGAAGGGACACAGUCGAGCGUAUGCUACAGCAGCUUUAGCCGAACAAAAUGCCAUAAUUACCUCGUCCACGUACGAUCGAAUACCGACGUAUGCGGUGAUUGACAAGAAGACAGCUCAGAAUCAUAUUCAGCAACAAUUGCAACAGCAGCAUCAACAGCAGCAGCAGCAGCAGCAACUUCAGCAGGCUACCCAGCAGCAGCAUCUUCACCAUCAUCAUGGUACGCCACAGUAUAUAACAACAUAUAAUACCCUGAUACCGGUGAGCAAGAUGGGAUAUGCCACUCAGCAGCAGCAACAGCAACAGCAACAGCAGCAGCAGCAUGCGAAUCAGCUGCAGCAACACCAGCAGCAAGUGAAUAAGACUGAUUUAACAUACGCUGAGUUAGCUGCUACUGGAGCUCAACGAAUACCAUAUUGCAGUGCAACAUUAGGCCGACCAAGACAAUCUGAUAUAAAACGAGCAGAGCCGAAUAUUUAUUCUCAGAUUGACCUGGCGCACCAUCCAAUGUAUUCGACUAGUCCGAUGUUCGGGACGAACACCAUCACCGGUGUAACCAUGUCACAUCCAUCGCAAUUGGCCACAUUCUCAACGCCAACACCAAUAUUCGCAUCUCACAAAAAUGGGAUUGGUAUGAAUCCUGGCAAAGUCCUAACAGCAACUACCAGCAGUCCAGCAGGUAGUGGCGGAGUGUUUAUUGGAAGUGGCGGUGGUGGACCGGGCAGUGGCAUGCAGUCUCCAGUUAACAGUGGUAGUAUGCUUUGCUUGACAAGUGUUGGUGGAGGAGUUGUUGCGGGUAUGCACCAGCAGCAGCAACAGCAGCAGCUCCAACAACAACAACAACAUCAGCAGCCACCAUCGUCGUCAGUUAUAUGUACGAGUAUAGCGCCCAACUCGUCGUUGGUGGGCAUCAGUAAUGGGUUGCAUCCUGUUGGAGUUCCUUCGGCAGGAGUUGCGGGUUGUUUCGGAGAAGCGAAUCAAUCUGCUCAUAGUAUUCUCAAAACUGUACCCGAAGAACUUCAUCAUCAAAUUAUGACCUCUGAUGAUUUAGCUAAAUCAAAAGAAAGGAGUAUAAAUCAUGCGACACGAUUCUGACGGUAAAUAGAAGUGUUGAAAUUUUUUAAAUAUUUAAUUAUAAAUUAAAAAAUUAUAUAACGAAAAAAAAA